CCGUAGGAGGCGGAUGGGGCAUUUAAGAUUCUCUCUGAAGUCUGAAGCAUGGAAUUUGUUGUCUGACCGAGCUAAAAGGAUGACUUAUGACCAGAAACACGCUAUGAGGAAUGUUGGCGUUGGAAAUCCAUCAAUGCGAGGCAGGUCAAAUGGUUUUCAUAAUUUCACUAUCGAUCCAGCAAGGGCAAGAAAUUCAACUACUGCUAAUUUCCACCCUGUCCCCGUGGCUUCUCAGCCAUCAAAACCUGCUACAUUCUGGACCUCUUGCGAUCGAUGUUCGAUUAAAUAUGAAUAUUGGAAAGUUCACCUCAACAGAGUUCUUGUCUGCCCCAACUGUCACCAGCCAUUUUGGGCUAAGGAGCUAGGUGCUCCUCCUGUAAAUGGACAUGCAUCAUCUAAUACAGGGCCUUUCUUCCAGCAGCAGCAGCAGGGUACAAAUUGUCAUGCUGCUAAUGGAUCGUCUGCUUCAGCUUUCAAUAUGGGGAUACCUGGACAUUCUGGCUUUGGCUCAAACAUAGGAGCAAACAGUCAGCAGGCUCAGGAUUUUAAGUUAAGAGGUUGUAAUGGGGUGCCCCCCUAUGCUGCUUCCCCUACGCACGUUACAUCCAAUGGCCACCCGGCUGGUCAAUUCUUGGAAGAGAGUACAUGAAUAAGCAGCUGUAAAUACACCAAAC